AUGACUCGUGCUGCUGCGAACGAGAAUGCAUGCUACGGACACAAGAGUGCACGCAAGAAAUCCGUUACCAAGGGGUUACCGUACAGCAUGGCGCAGGCUCGGUUAUUACUUUAUCGGUGGUAG